UCAAUUCUCACCGCCACAUUUCACGAAUAUAAACAUUUUCACCUUAGUCUCACCGUUCUUAAGACUUAAGACAUAGUACACAUUCUUUGAUAAAUCAAUUACUUUGGUCUAGCUAGCUAUAUUUUCGUUUCUUUUUUCUUGCUAUCUCGAAAUCAAACAUGGUUGAAUUUCAAGAAAUUAUAGAGCCUUUGAGCCCAAUGAGCGAAGUGGAAGAGAACCAAGAAUUAGAUGAUGAAGAAAUCAACUACAAUGAUCUCAAACGCCGCAUGUGGAAGGACCGCAUGCGUAUGCAGAAGCUAAAAACCAAGAAGGAAAUCAACACUUCCACUUGUAGCAAAGAUUUAUUAGAAGGUGAUGAAGACGACGACUCACAAGCUAAGGAAGAACAAUCUCGCCGUAAAAAGAUGUCAAGAUCUCAAGAUUCAGUCCUCAAGUACAUGGUAAAAAUCAUGGAGAUUUGCAAAGGUCAAGGCUUCGUUUAUGGGAUCGUGCCAGAAAAAGGGAAGCCUGUAACUGGCUCAUCGGAUAGUUUAAGGGAGUGGUGGAAGGAGAAGGUGAGGUUUGAGCAAAAUGCCCCAGCUGCCAUUGCUACAUUCUUGCCUAAAUUAGUGGAAGUAAAUAUAUUGGAUCCUAAUUCAUGCAUGCAUCUUCUUCAAGACUUGCAAGAUACUACUUUAGGCUCACUACUUUCUGCCCUAAUGCAACAUUGUAUACCUCCACAAAGGAGGUUUCCUUUGGAUAGAGGGUUGCCCCCACCUUGGUGGCCCACAGGGAAGGAACUUUGGUGGGGUGAUCAAGGUUUUGCACAAAAAUUCGGCCCACCACCUUACAAGAAACCUCAUGACUUGAAAAAGGCGUGGAAAGUAAGUGUUUUGGCUGCUAUUAUCAAACAUAUGUCUACUAAUUUGGAUAAGAUGAGGAGGUUGGUGAAACAAUCCAAGAGUUUGCAAAACAAGAUGACAGCUAAAGAAACAGCUACUUGGUCAAAAGUUGUUAACCAAGAAGAAGUCCUUCUCAAGCUCACUGAAAAAGCUCUCAAGAUUUCAACAUCAAAGGAGGAG